AUGUCAUAUAAAAAGCAAAAACCUUUAACACAUUUUUUCAAAUCUACAUCAACAUCUGAUAAUUUCAAAUCUCUUAAUUUGGCAAAUUCGUCACACAAUAAUGAGACGGAGAAACCAUCAACAAAUAAAAGAUCUGCUUCUCCAUCAUCAAAUGUUUCUAUUAGUCCUAAAAAAUCACAAUUGGAUUCUUCUGCACUGAUCUCUACGUCUCCAUUUGAUAUAUCUUUCUACAAAAAUAAAAAACUUGAUCAAAACGAUAUACUAAAUGUUUUAAAUAACCUCUGGAAACCCGACAUUCAAUUUAACUUUCCAACAAAAACUUAUAUUUGUGGAAAGGAAAAGAAGGAAAAAAAUCUUAAAUUUCAGUAUUCUUGGUUGAUGCGAUUUUCUUGGUUGGCAUACUCGGCUGUAGAAAAUGGUGCAUAUUGUAAGUUUUGUGUAGCAUUUUCCAAAAACGAAGGUGGAAAAAAUUCUCAAUUAUUAGGCAGCUUAGUAUUAAAAAAAUUUGAUGAUUGGAAACAUGCAGUUGAAAAUUUUAAUAAGCAUUCUUCCCUUGAAUAUCACAAGCAAUGUUUAUCCGAUGCGAGCAACUUUUUUAACGUCUUAAAAAACCCCGAAACGUCUAUUAUCAACAUGAUACAAACCGAAAGAAUGAAACAAGUUUUAGAAAAUCGACAAAAUAUUAAACCCAUAAUUGAAGCUAUAAUGUUGUGUGGGCAUCAAAAUAUGCCUUUAAGAGGACACCGUGACUGGGGACGUAUACAUGUUGAUGAUACACUAGGAAAUAAUCAAGGCAAUUUUCGUGAAAUUAUUCGUUAUAGAGCACAGGGAGACGAUGUAUUAAGGUCAGUUUUAGAAAGUGAAAAAACAAUAAAAUACCUAAGUAACACGAGCCAAAACGCCAUCAUAGAUUCUUGCAACUCGGUUUUACUCAUACUUGCUGACGAGACAUCUGAUAUUUCCGGAGUAGAACAAGUUUCUUUAUGCGUCAGAUAUGUUGACUUGGACAAAUUAGAACUCCAUGAAGAUUUUCUACAGUUUAUUCCAACGAAUGAUACUACGGGAAAAGCACUAGCAAAUUUAAUUUUAGAAAAUCUUAACAAUCCCACGAAAAAAACACUAAAGCGUUGUUGUGAAACUCGAUGGAUCGAAAGGUAUCACUCAGUAAAUGAUUUUUUAGAACUCUAUGGUUUUGUUAUAGAGUCUUUAGAUGAUAUUUCAACGUGGGAAGACAGUGAUACAAGUGAAAAGCAGAAAGCCUCUAAGAUUGCUGAUAAUUUUCAAGUUGAAAUAAAGAUUCCAAGAACGUCAAGUAGACAGACACAAAGAGUUAAUAUAAAUACAACAUCAGCAGAGGAAUAUUAUCGUGUAUCUGUAUUUAUACCAUAUAUUGAGUCAUUUGCUAAUGAACUAAAAGAAAGAUUUAUUGACCACGAAACUACAUUAAACUCUUUUCAUUCAUUAUUUUCAAAAGAAGAAUUAGAUGAUGAUUUUAUGACAUUAGUCAAUAAUUACCAAGAUGAUCUGGAAAAUGGAAAUCCUGCAAUUUUGUUGGCUGAAUACAAAUUGUGGCAAAGGUGUUUAAAAAAUUUGAGUGAAGAUCAAACUAAUGCACUUCAAGCUUUAUCACUUUGUAAUAGUGAUAUUUAUCCUAAUAUAUACAAACUGCUUCAAAUACUAGCCACAUUACCAGUUUCAACUUCAUCUAAUGAACGUACUUUUUCAAAUCUUAAGAGAAUCAAAACCUACUUGAGAAACACGAUUGGAGAAAAAAGAUUAAAUGGUCUAGCUAUGAUGUGUAUUCAUAAAGAUUUGAAAUUAGCAGCUGACGAAGUUUUGGACGAAUUAAUAAAAAAAAAACGAAAAAUUGAUUUUGUAUUGUAA